AUGGUCAAGAGCAAGGUUGUGAUUGCCGUCCGUUGUCGGUCGGUUGGUCAGGCAACCCUCCGCCACACCCAGCCCAUCACCAUACCACCCACCACCUUGGCUCGCACAUGCAUCAUGUUUUACCUAUGUGGUGCUUUGGGGGAAACCGGCAGCGGGCGGGCGCAUCGUCUUCUCUGUGUGGUGACCGACGACGAGAAAAACGACUCUAACGCUAAUCAAAAUGCCCUCAGCCUGAAGCGCUACCGCCAACCCAUCGCCAUCACGAUCGAUCCCCUCGCCGCCAGCCGCCACAAUUCGACGCAUCGCCCUGACCAACAUCACCGGUCCACCCUGUCCCCCGGACGAUUUCCGCUGCGCUUCGGCACCGUGUCGCAGCACGAGACAGUCAGCAGCCCGGACCAUACCCGCCUCCCGCCGCCAUCGCCGCCACCCCCACAGAAACCGACCGAAAAUGUGAUAGUGCCACAAACGGCGAGCUUCAGCCAGCAGAUCGCAAACUACUUCCUCCGGAUCCGCCGCCGAACGACGCAAGUUGUUCACCAUCAAGAUAGUCAUCCUGUACACUCCCUGUCCCCGGAAGGUUCCAAUUCUACCGCCAGUAGCACCAACUCACCCGCCACCAUGGCCGCCACGGAUGGCCAGAUCAUACUGGCUGCGUCACGCUUUGGCGAUACGCAACCAGUCUAUCUGAAAGAUUUCGCCAAAACCGAUCUGCCCGCCGUCGGAAAGAUCGUCAAAGGCCAGUAUUACAAUCUGGGCGUGCCAACUCUCUCCAACCCUUCGCUCCAAAGUACGGCUCUGUUCUUGAACGCCGGACGAAAGUACCAGAUCCUAGCGCAACCCGUCAAGAUCAAGGAGGGCCGGAAGAGUAGCAAUGUCGGUCCCAAAGUCCUCAUCCCCGAAACCUAUCCGGGCUACUUCGAACUCCUCAGCGAAGACGGGCGAUCGACGCGCUGCAUCGAGAGCGUCCUGGAACUGUCCAAACGACGGAACUUUCGGGUAUUGGUCCGCGAAACGGUCCGCUGCAACCACAACAGUAAAUCGCUGCAUGCCGGCGAAAUUCUCACCACGAUCUCAGACAACGGCAAGUAUCUGCAGUGCAAGACGUCCAAGGACGAAGUCGUCAAUUUGCCAUUAGAAGCCAAAGCCAAAUUCUCACCUAUUGCUAAAGAGGAUAGUAUUAGCGGUGUACAUACAGUCAACAACCUGUUGCAGAAACGAAUGCCAGUAACUGUUAGAUUAGUCCACGGAACGGCACCCAAAGGCCUCAAGCAACCGUUUGUUCCGGAGCUGCGUCUUCUGGGGUGCGUCGAAGUGGACCGGAUAUUUGCGUUGCCCCUCCAGAAGGACAUGGAUCUGAUCUCGGUCCCGCUGAAUGCCAAGAUAAAGAUCCAAAAGGCGAAAAACAUGGAGCAGCUAGAUCACUUCAUCGAGUAUUCUCGCUUCUUGGACAAAGCGCAACGCCUUCUGGUGGACGCCCGCGAUCGCCUUCAAAUCAUCGACCUGAAACUGGGCGAGAAAGACAAGAAGGAGACCACCAAGCAAACCAGCAAUCGUAAAGUGGCAUCGACCCUGUCCGGCCUGACGGCCAACGGGUAUUUGUUAAAGAAAAGCAGCAGCUGUGAUUCGAAUCGGUAUUCACCGCCAUUGGGCACCACCAGUAGUCAGAAUGGUUCCGUCGCCGAUGAGUACGACGAAAUUGACCAAAUCUACGACUACGUUCGAGGCCUAGCACCGUUACCGAAAAACCUCAACAAGUUUGAAGCGAUCGUGGAACCGACGUCGAACUCGAACAACAGCUACAUCCCUGUGGCCACGCACCAACAUAACCUCAAAACGGUCGAGAACAUCAAAUCCACCAGCAAUAGCAUCAACAACAACUACAGCAGUCACUACGAUACCGGCAACUAUUCCAACAUCAUCAAACACACCAACGGCAGCAGCAUCGUGAACGGCAACAGUCUGGAGUCGACGAAGCACAGUUCCGCUGCGAUCAACGCCAUCAACAACAACCAUAUCAUCGUGCACAAGGAGGAGCACAAGCCGAUUCCACCGCCGAUCGAAACGAUCCCCGGCAAGAAGCUACCGGAGAAGCGACAACGACCGACGCUGCCAAAGCUGUACUUCAAGAACAACCUCGGUGUGCACCACCAGAAGAGCCCGACGUCGGCGGCCGUCAGUCCCAUGGGAGGAGGACCCCCGACGCCGGGACAUCCACCGCUCAAUGGGAUGGGCACGCCGAAGGACAUUGUGAUAGAGCCGCAGAGCCCGCUUUUCCAUAUCAGAUACAAAAGCCUCAGUUCGCUGCAGCUGGCACAAGAUUCCCAUCCCCCGACACCGAUCUCACCGUCGCCCAAGGGCGGCAUCAGUACUCAGGACAAGAACCACAUGCUCUCCAAGUCGGCCAGUACCGGGCGCGAGGGAACGCUCGAUUCGUCCCGCAGCGGUGGCCGAACGUCCGGCGACUCCAAACUCCCAGAGAAGAAAACGCGCCGCCUCAGCCGACCGCGCAGCCUUUCGAAUCUGGUCUGGGACCUCCGCCCGCACAAGUCGGAAAAGUCCAAGAAGAAGCUCUACCUGCACCAGUUUGAUCGGCAGCAGGGGACGCUGUAUUUGUAAGGAGGUUCGUUGUAUGGAAAUGUCAAAACAGAUUUCGUCAUAACCGUUUUUAGUCAUCCGAAGAAAGCGACAUAAGAGAAAAAUCACGAUUUGCUGCAUUCUGGAAGCUCCUCUCCUCGUACAAUGGCGGCUGCAUUUGAGAAAAAUACAUUUGAAAGCAAAAAACUCUCGAGGAAAAAACAGUUAACUAGAUGGCUUUAGUGAAUUGAAACAGUACCGAAAUAAAGUUGAUUAAAAGUCAUGAAAAAAUGUUAUAACAGAUUAUCUACAACUCUAAAAAACAAAUAUACUGUUACAUACUAAUGUGUUCGAUGUUUGAAAUUAGUCUCUCUGGCGCUACACUAUCACGCUUACCUCUAAUUUAGUUCGACGUUAAAAUGUAUAAAAUCUAACAAAGAUCAGGAGGAAGUCUAAUAGUUGUUCUUAAUAACUAAAAUUGUAUCUAAGACCCAAAUACAUCACAAAAAAAAAACUGACCAGUCGGUAAACGAAGGAGAUUAACUACAAACACUGCUAUCCAUUUUACCAAGCCAGCAAAGAGCAGCACAGGACAAACGGCAUUAAUAGUGAGGAUGCGAAAAGAUAACGCGGAUAUAUUUAGUUCAAGGAAGAAAAAAAGAAUCGAGAAUCAUAGGUUUACUUUCGCCAUUCGUCGAUAAGGCUGUGGUAAUUAUUAUUACUUUAAAAGACGUACUGCUUAUCCUUAAUCUAUUCCAGAAGAAAUCACGAACAUUCGUAUAUUCAGUGUAAGUUUCGUUUAAGGUGAAAAAGACACUCUUUUAUUAAGUUAUGUUUUCUAACGGAUUAAUUUCACGUAUGGUCAAACGUGUUACGCCACUUUUGAAAAGUUCAAGUUCUUUUGCUUUUCCGAACCGAAAUUGUCGAAAUGGCUGUCUUAGGUUCCAUCUCUUCCCAUUUCAUCCACACGAACCACCAACAUGACUAGAUAAAUACUAAUCUAUGCUCAAAUUUAUUUAGUUUAUCGUUGUUGCACAACUGUCCCAUCCCAUUUCCUUCAAGUUCUUAAAAAUCCCAUCCCAUUCCUCCAACAAUCCAGUACCAUUUUGCCAACCGAGGAGAGCAACUGUAAUUUUAACUUUUCGAACUAAACUACAUCAUUUAUUACACUCGUACGGGGAAAAAUCCACUCUAGGAAACAAUUCCAACUAUUCCAGUUCAUGAUAGACACGCAACAGAUCACUAGCUAUUUACUUAACAAAAAUCUUUAAUUUGUAACAUUUUACGGCAACGUGAAAAGAGCCGAAUGUGUGCGCUGGUGUGUUAUUAUACGUAUAGAUUUUUUUUGUUUAAUCGAGAACAGUUAACAAUCAGUCAGAAUUCCACAAAUAUCCAUUAGUUUUCUCACCUUAAGUUGUUGGAAAGAUUUUUCGCAAGCUAAUAAUUCCGAAAUUCUUUAAAUUAUGUUUGUACAUUGUUCGGUUUUGUUUCCCAAAAUCCGGAUGCAGCUACAUUUUAACCAACACUACACUAAAACACAAAACCGCUGUUAUCAGAAGGUGAGAAAAAAAGAAAAAUCUAGUUCUUAGAAAGUAUCAUUCAUCGGCUAAGCGAACAGCGGAAGCCAAUUGGAAGAAUAAUAUUUUAUCGAAAGAGAUGAGAAAAAUAAACAUGGAAAAAUGAAGAAAGUAUGUUAAAA